CUGUUGCAUUGAUUGUUUUGGUUAGUUGUUAUUAUUUUGCCAAAAUGAGCAAUAUUUACAUCCAAGAGCCGCCCACAUCAGGCAAGGUCCUUCUAAAGACCACUGUGGGCGAUAUAGACAUCGAGUUGUGGGCACGGGAAUGUCCGAAGGCUUGCCGCAACUUUGUACAACUUUGCCUGGAGGGAUACUACAAGAACACCGAGUUUCACCGACUGGUCAAGGGAUUUAUUGUCCAAGGAGGCGAUCCAAAUGGGGAUGGCACGGGUGGCGAGUCCAUUUAUGGCCAGCCCUUCAAGGACGAGUUCCAUUCGCGUCUGCGGUACACGCGUCGUGGUCUCGUGGGAAUGGCCAACUCUGGGAAAGAUGACAACGGAUCACAGUUCUUCUUCACUUUUGCACCCACGCCGGAGUUGCAGAAUAAAAAUACACUGUUCGGCAAGAUAACUGGUGACACCAUUUACAACAUGCUUAAGCUAGAGGAUGGCAUUGUUGACCACCAGGAGCGUCCUAUGCACGCACAUCGAAUUGUUUCCACGGAGGUGCUGAGCAAUCCCUUUGAUGAUAUCGUACCUCGAGUAUUUGCUAAGCCGUCCAGCAAGACCAAAAAGAGCAAGAAGGAUCGACAGGGAGUCAAAAACUUUGGCCUGCUUUCAUUCGGAGAAGAAGCCGAGGGCGAUGAAGAAGAAACCAACGUGUAUGUUAAACAGAACGCCGGUAAAGCUAAAUCCCUGCACGACGUAACCGAUGAUCCUAAACUGAGCAAGGAACCCAUUCGAGUACCCAAGUUGGAGAAACCCGAAAUCGAAGAAGCUUUGUCCGAUGAUUGCCUUGAGGACAGUGUCAAUGAUAAACCGUCAGCCGCUAGUUCAGAUCUCAUUAAAAUGAAGCUAUCAAAAAGUUCAAAGACUCGACCAGACAAAAAGGCUAAGCCUGUGGAAGAAAAGACUGAUUCAGAGGACGAAGAAGAUGUUUUGAUGACACGCGAGCAAGAACAAAGUCGAAAAGUCUCCGAAGAAAAAUCCAAGAUCCGUGAAGAAAUUGCCUCCCUAAAAAAGCAAUACCAAAUGGAUAAGCAGACCAAAGACAAACUUCUAAAUAGUCAAGAGAAAUCAUCAAAAUCUUCAGAAAUUAAAGGAGCUAGCGAAAACCAUUACAUCCACGAUUUUAUAGAGUCCAAGGAAAAGUACACUGCUAAAUCUAAGCUCCAACCAAAAGGACAGUCAAGAGAGGAGUUUACAUUGAGCUUGCUCUCCAAAUUUCGCACAAAACUGGAUAACUUGAAGCAAAAGUCAAACUCCGAUGAUACUGAACCGGAACCCAAGGAACUGGAUGACAGCUCAGUGGAACAGGAAAUAAUCGGCGACGACUGGCUGUCGCACACCUUGAAUUUCAAUAGCACCGCUCCUGUUUUGGCUAAAGACGCCAAUAAAAAGGGUGACGAUUGGUAUGAUGCCUACGAUCCACGAAACCCUUUGAAUAAACGCAAGCGCGGGGAAACUGGUUCUAGCAAGUCUAGUUCGAGCCAAUCAAAGUCGAGAAAACGUGACUAGUAAUAAAAUAUAAAAACAAAAAAAUAAAACCUUUUUAAACAAAUAAAUUGUAUUUUAA